GAAUCUGCACCGAAAUCAGGAUGCACAGCCGGCUGCCAUGGAAUGCACCCGAACAAGGCAUAUCAGGAAGGGCAGACGUACAUAUACAACCUGGAAGGUACGUCGGUGACGUCUGUCACUGACGCGCAAGGAGAUGCGACUCUUAAACUGUCAGCCACCGUAGAAUUGUCCGUGAAACCGGAUUGCAUCCAUCAACUGCGGUUGAAGAACGUCCGGAUCAACGGGGCGCCGCCAUCGACGCCAGACGUUGAACGGUUUGCGGUCCAAUUCAAUUACCACGAUGGCCACAUCGACACCCAGCUCUGCACCGAACCAGGUGACUCCCAAGCGUCUCUUAACAUCAAGAGAGCGGUCGUCUCCCUGUUCCAGUCGACCGUUGUGCAGGAUAGCGGUUCGACGACACGCCACGAGACGGACGUGAUGGGAUCCUGUCCGACGCAGUUCAACUUCCGGAAAGAGGGCGACUCCGUGAUCGUGAACAAGAACAGAAACCUGGCCGGGUGCGCGUUCCGCGAGAACGUGAACCAUGCGCUCAUCUCCGGCAACACGGACACAACGGCCGGCGUGAAAACCGUCCCUCUGCUCGCGUCCCAGCAGUCGAUCGAGCAACGAUUCAAGCGCGGCGUUCUGAACAAGGCCGUGUCGAAGGAGGUGUACAAUCUGCUCCCGUUCAGCAACGGGAACGCCGGCGCCAAGACGAUCGUGGAAACUAGCCUGACUCUGAAGGACCAAAAGGGCGACAGUCCCGCGGCGGAGGUGUCUCAGCCCAAGUCCCUCAUCUUCGAGGCACCGCACCCGGUGUUGCAAUCGUCACCGGAAGCGAUCAACAACGCGCUGAAAGCCGCCAAGGCGGAAGUGGCCGGAGGCGUGAAGCCAGCGGCCGCUGCGAAAUUCACCGAGCUGGUGAAGGUGCUCAGGCUGAGCAGCAAGAACGACAUCCUCUCCGUCUACCAGAAAAUUCGUCCCGACAAGAGCGAGCAAAAGCUGUUCCUCGACGGUUUGUUCCGAGCUAGAAGCGGCGAGGCCGCCGAGGUCGGCGUCGAUCUGAUCAAGAACAAGGAACUCUCGAGCGUGCAGACUCUUCUGUUCUACGCGGGCUUGACUACCAUUCGUCACGUGAAUCUGCCGUCAGUGGCUGUCGUCGCGACGCUUCUCGACCAGCCCAAUUUGCCACGACUCGGCUACCUCGGUGUCGGACAGGUGAUCGGCAAGUACUGUCAGCAGCAUUCGUGCGAGAACGUGCCGGAGGUGAAGCAGGCGGUGCACAAGAUCCGCGAGAAGGUGGGCAACGGCAAGACGAAGACCAGGGAGCAGGAGAACACGGUCAUCUCUGCCCUGAAGGCGUUGGGCAACACUCGGUUCCUGGACGACGCGACUCUGCAGAAACUGGCCAACAUCGGCGCCGACAAGAACGUGCGGAACCGCGUGCGAGUGGCCGCCAUCGAGGCACUGCCCAACAGAUGCACGAUGAAGUGGAAGAACAUUUUGCUCAAGGUGCUGGCCGAUCGAGAGGAGGACAGCGAGGUCAGGAUCAAAACGUACUUGUCAUUGGUCGCUUGCCCCUGCCCGCAAGUUGCCAAUCAGCUGAAGGAGGUACUGGACAAAGAGACGGUGAAUCAGGUCGGAUCGUUCGUUCAGAGUCACUUGAGGAAUCUGAGAGCCUCGACCGACCCUAGCAAACUGGACGCCAAGGCUCACCUCGGACAGAUCAAGCCUCGAGGCAAGUUCCCCGAGGACAUUCGGAAAUUCUCCUUCAACAACGAGCUGUCCUACAAGGUCGACUCGCUCGGCGUUGGCUCGACUCUCGAGAGCAACGUGAUAUACAGCCAGAACAGCUUCGUGCCGCGUUCCACGAACUUGAACAUGACCGUGGAGUUGUUCGGCCGGAAUUUCAACUUCCUCGAGGUGAACACGCGCGUGGAGAAUCUGGACCGGUUGCUCGAGCAGUACUUCGGGCCGAAAGGCAAGAUCUGGGAGAAGGACUUGGAGGACUUGAAGACGGGCGCGAACGCGGCUAGCAAGCUCGGUAAGUACGCGAAGGAACGGUACGAGAGGCUGGUGAGGUCGAGGCGCGAGGUGAAGCAGGCCGACUUGGACAAAUUCGCGAGAAACGUUCAGCUGAAUCACAACGAGGUCGAUCAAGACCUGGACGUCGACCUGUCCGUCAAACUGUUCGGCGUGGAGCUCGCUUACCUCAGCUACCAGGGCGACAGAAACAAACUGAACCCCGAGGCGAUCAUCGACAAAGCGUUCAGCAACCUCGAGAAGGGUUUCAACGUCGUCAAGAAUCUCAACUACGACCUCGAGAACUACCUGCAGUUCCUCGACAGCGACCUCGUGUAUCCGACCGGGUUGGGAAGCGCGCUGAGCCUCGGUCUCACUGGAACGAGCGCGCUUCGUUUGAAGACUUACGGGAAACUGGAUCUCCAAGCUAUCCUCAAGGACCCGAGGAACGCCAACUUCAGAGUCGCGAUGGAGCCGAGCGUGUCCGUGAGAAUCGCCGGGAACCUGGUGGUGCAGGCACCUGGUGCCGAAUCUGGCAUGAGGAUCGUCACCACUCUUCACACGGCCACCAGCUCCGACAUAUCCGUCGCCGUGUUGAACGGGCACGGCAUCGACGUCAACUUUGGCAUACCCAAGAAGAAGCAGGAAAUCGUGAACGUGGAGAGCGAGGUGUUGCUCUCAUCUGGCGCCAAAGGGAACGAGUACGUGGCUCCCAAGUUCGUCAAGGGCAAAGAAUAUUCCGACUGUUUCGAACAAUUGUCCACCGUUCUCGGCAUAACCGUCUGCGGGAAGGUUUCGUACCCUCACAGAGACUCCAGCAUCGGCAAUCCGAGGCCACUGUUCCCUCUGAACGGACCGGCGAGGUUCGCAGUCAGCCUGGAGAACAACGACGUCACCAGCUAUCGGUUCAAGGUCGAUCUGAACGUGCGCGACGAGAAGAAACGUUCGUUCGAGAUUCUUCUGGACACGCCGAACAGCAAAACUAACAGACGCGUGGCGCUGAACGUGGAGGCAGGCCUCGAGCCGAACGUGUACGUCAGAGCAGCGUUCCACUCGCCCAUCAAAACCGCCGCGGCGGAGGCUGUACUCAAAAACACAGCCAAGGAACGCACCCUCACUGUUACCAUCAAUCACGAUCAGCUGGAGUUCCGCGGUCGCGUAGGACUGUUGUCCAGCGGCAGCAAGUACACGCCCGUGUUCGAGUACAAGCUACCCGAGCACAUUCAGCAGUUGGCCAGCGCGAGAACUGGCCUCGGGCCGAGUCAACAGUACAACGUGGAGGGCUCGGUGGAUGUCACGAAUUACGAAGGUGGCCAGAAGUAUGUAUUGGACAAGGUGGCCCUGGUCGCCGGUGAUCAGAAGCUGUUGGUGGUCGACGGGACCAUCGCGUGGACGCCCAGCAGCGUCAAGGCGGACACCACUGUCGGCUACACCGACAAGAACUUGGCCUUCAAACUGGACGGCAAGUGGAGCAAGGACGACUUCAAGCUCUCCGUUUCCGGCAUGCCGUCCAGCGAUCCCAACAUUGGAUUCAAUUUGAACUGGGAGCUGAAGAGAGGCGAGAACAACAUUGAUCACAAGUUCGUGUUCAUUCACGGAGCCGAUCCAAAUUCCGAGACCAAUCGCCUGUCUUUGAUACAGUCGGCAGUGUAUAACCUGGAUCCCAAGAAUCUCGUUCUGAGCGCGUCCAGCAAGCUCACGUACCCCGUGGUCAAUUUGAAAUUGAAAGGCGAGGGGAAACUGACCCGCAAGUCGGUCAGCGCGUCCCUCGAAGCGAAGUACAAAACGUUCAAGUACGGGACUGAGCUGUCCGCCAAGAAGGACACGGAGAAGCCCGGCGACUACGAGAUCGAACUGGAGGCCGAGCUGAUGGAGAACAGCGUCGAGCUGAAGGCGAAACGCGUGGUUCUCGAGGCACGCAAGAGCCAGUUCACCAAUUCCCUUCGGCUGGAACCAGGCGGCAAAUACACCGCCGACGCGGUCGUCACCCACGUCGUUGAAAGGAACAACCUGAACCUGCAACUGGACGGACAGUUGGAUCUGAACGGGAAGAAGGCGAAGCUCGGCGCCGGUCUGGAGGCGAAUCCUCAACUUCUCAACGCCGCCGUCAACGCGAAAAUCGACGGCGUGACGUACGUCGACUUUAAUCUGAAGACCACCCGAGUCCCGAAUCCGAGCGGCACUCUGAACGUCGACCUGAGGAACUGGCUGAUAGCCACCGGCCAGUUCUCUUACAAGGACCGCAAAGGUAGCGCCAACUUGGACGUGAACAUUCCCAAGAUCAAUCGCAAGAUCAAGGCGACUGGUUCCCUGGUUGGUUCCGGUACCCAAGAGGUGCUGAACCUCGAGCUCCUCUACGACGCUGAGAAGGAUCCCAGCAAACGCGUCAAGGUGUCCAGCGUCUCCGACAUUACCGCCACGUCCCUCGACACGAAGAACGUGAUCGAUGUGUUGAACUACAAGCUGGAGGCGAACGUCAAGGGUCAGUUGCAGGGCAGCCUGAGGGAAGGUCAGCUGCAAGUGGACGCGGACGUCACUCUGCCAAGCGGGCGACACCUCGUGUACAAGGGGAGACGCGACGCCGCGAAGAGGGAGAACAAAUACGACGUGAAGGUGUCGAGCGAGUUGAACGAGUACGAGCAGAAGGGCGGACCGUCGAGGAAGUUGGCCGCCAACUUCAAUAUGCUGGAGUUCGACCCGAUCGUCGCGACCUUCAAAGCCAACGGCGACGUGAAGUACGUCAACAGGGAGGGGAAGGACGCGCGAUUGGCGUGGAACGCGAAGAACCUGGAUCAACCGGACAAGAAGAGGCUGACGGAAUUGAGGGUUGAAGUGGACGGAACUAGGGUCCCGAGGAAGUUGCAACUGCAGGCUGACUCCGUCAAGGGCGACGGCGCUAGAACUUACAACGUCAAGUCGUCGUUGGGAGACGAUCUGUCAUUGUCGAGCAACGUAGAUCUAAGAGAAGGGAACAACGUCGACAAACCAUGGAGAGCAGACGGCGUCUUAGAGGUGAAACUACCCAGCGAGAAGCUGAGUAACUUGAAACUGGAAGUUUCGUCGAGUUUGUUGCACUCCAACGAGCCGGAUAUCACGAAAGCAACGGACACCGUGAGACUGACGUACAACAACGACAAAAAGAUCGAACUGGACUCGGAAUUGGAGCUGAAAGGACUGAGCAACACGAUCACGAAUCCCAGCGAGGGUCAAGGGAAACUAGCCGUGAACAUUCUGGAUCUUCCUCGCGUACAACUGUCGGGCAAUUACAAGUUCAACCCGACGUCCGAGAAGAAGACGGCUACGAGCGUUUUGGACGUCCAGUACGGAGAAAAAGCGAUCUCGUUCAGGUCCGACAGCGAGUACCUGCCCGCAUCGUCCACCAUCAAUAUCAAGGCCAAAGGCAAUUUGCUCCACGAGAAACUGCGCAACGUUGACUUGCAGCUCCUCUACACGAGAUCGGAAGAGGAGAACAAGGUGUCGAUCGACAGCAAAGUCGUUGCUGACGGCAACAAGUACACCCUGAAUAGCGAGAUUCAGCAUCUGGACACGAACAGCCUGUUCCACGUGAUAGCAACGUGCCCGAAUGGGAAACGAGAGGUGCUCUCGAAAUUCCAGAAACUCAACGACAAGGAGUACCAAGGCGAGUGGAGAGUGGACACUCCGAAAGGAUUCGUAAAGGCGGACGCGCACUUGAACCUCGAGAGUAUCGACAAUUUCGUGAUCAACGCGAAUUUCGACAGCGACAAGGUCAAGCACCGCAAGAUCCACGCGGAGAUUGCCAACAAGCCAACGGCGAAGAGCGGGAAAACCAUCACCGUCACCGUGACAAGCGACGGAAAGAACGUCGUGACCGGAAGUACGAACUACAAACGACGCGACGAAGAUGGGAAGAUCGUGGUAGAGGGUAACGGGAACUUGAAGAUCGGCGAGAACACCCGAAGCUCCUCGUUCAAGUACACCCGUCAGCAACUUAGCCGUGAAAAGGACGGGGAGGUCGGCGUGGCGAUGGUGUUGAACGCGAAUUUCGGCCCGUCCGCCAUCGUCGGCGAACUGAAACUCUCCAACAAGGAGCUGCACAUUUUCAACAGCUACUGCGAGCAGAACAAAGACUGCGCUCUGUUCAAGCUGCAGUCCAUCGUCAACGUUCAACAGAAAGCUCUACUGAAACAUCAAGUGACGGUGGAAGUAGACUUGAAGAAGUUCAACGUGCCAGUGGAGUUUGGCCUGAAGACCAGUACCGAGCUGAAAAACCCGAUCUUCGAUCACACAACGAACCUUUAUCUUCAUUCCUCCAAGGACAAGACUGAAUACACUUAUCAACUGUACAUUCAUCCUAAAGAAGCAGCUUCCAUAUUAACGUUGCCUUCUCGCGAGGUCGCCACCAUUUUGACAUACGAUCUGCCAAAGAGCAAGCAGACAGCAGCGUACAAGAUUGACGCGUCUCUUUACAUGGACAGAAAGAACAAACCAUCCGACAAGACCAGCCUGUCUGUCAUCGGAGACAUUAACGUCGAAAAGAACAGCGUGUCUCUCAGUGGAGAAACAAAGUUUACGUAUCCAACGCAGCCAAAGGACAUGGUGGUGAAAGGAAAUCUCCAAUACGGUGGCGAGCAACUGUUCAACGCCAAUCUGGACGUCGACGUGUUCGCCAAGCGUGCCCAGAAGAUCACGAUCGCGGCGAAUCUACAGAGGCAAGAGAUCCCAGACGGCAGAAACGUGACCGGCCUGAUCGAGGUGAACAGCCGCGGUCAACAACUGAAGCUCGACUUGAAAUCUCACUUGACCGUGUCGAGCAAGCAAAUAGGAUUCGGUAGUUUGUUCACUUACAACGACGUGAAGCAGAAACCAAAGACCUUGGGAGCUCUGUUCUCCGCUGACGCGAGCCACGUCUCCCUGCUGGUUACUUUGCCUGAUCGGGAGCUGAUCAGGGACGAGUGGAAGCUCGAUAUCUCGAAGAACAAGCAGAAGAUCGACAGGGAACUGUCUCUGUUGGGCGACGCUCCUCGCGUUCUAUCCCUGGAGGCCAGUGACUUCAACAAAUUCAAACUCGAAGUCUACCUGAAAGACAUCCCCAAGGACAAAGUGAUCGUCAAUGGUCAAAUGGUCUUCGGUCAAUUGGCGCAGAUCCACGCGGACUAUUUGAAAGACGGGACGAAGAAGAAUCUGUUCCACGCGUUGGUCCAUUUGGACGAGAAACAGUUCCUGAAGCCCGACUUUGGUUACAGCAAAGAGAACAUUGUCGAACUGUUGCAAGUCGUUAAAAACAAGAAUCUUGCGCUGGUAAACAGACUGAAGGAGAUCAACGAGUACGCGUUGGAGCAAGUAAAGGCGGAAGGCACCGACUUGGUGGAGCAUCUGAAGAAGGCACAGCCGAACAUGAAGCCGCUCGUGGAUUACUAUCAGGGAGAACUGAACAAGAUAAAGAACGAGCUCAGCGCUGACGAGACCAUCAAAGAAAUUCAGGCCACCUUAGUAUGCUGGCGCACUUUGGCGGAAAAGUCCUUGGACAUCGUGAACAAAUACUUCGGCGCGAUCAUCUCAGCCAUCACCGAGACGAUGAAACAGGUCGCGAAAGGGGUCGAGAAGCUUCAACAACAGCUGAACGAGCUGACAGCCACACUGAAGGAAGCUGUCAGGUCAAUCUACCCGAAACUAAAGGAGUCGUACGACAAAAUAUUCCGUCACGUCGUCGACAUCGUCGACACCGCGGUGAAACUCGCCAACACUUAUCUCAACGCGGUCCUCGACCUGAUCAAUCAGCACCAAAAGGAGAUAAAAGACGUGAUCAACGUGGUCACCGGGCUGUCUCAAGACUUCGCCAAGGUCGUGCUCGUGGCGUUCGAACAGAUCAAACGGAACGUCAGCGAGUUUUACACCAUGCUGGUGAACGAGCUGAAGGCCCUGCCUGUUUACGAAAUGCUGAAGGAGAAGCUGGAGGAACUGAAGAACUUCGAGGUGCCGGAAACGGUUUUGGGCCCGCUCGAGGAAGUGUGCAAGAUCACGAAGACCGUUCUGCCUACUGAGGAACUUCGCGAGCUCGUCGACGCUGGCUGCCAGUACGUCGUCAAGCAUCUCAAACAGGAGAAGUUGGACGAGGUGAGCGAACUGAAGAGGCUCUACUCGCACUUGAUUGCCGCGAUCCAAUCGCUCCUGGGUCUCGUGCAGAAACAGACAACGUUGGACAAUUUGUUGAGCUACGUUCAAUUCCAACCACUCGACUUCAGCCUGUGGUACAGGCUUCCAGGCAUUCCCACCGUUAGAUUCUCCGUUUUGAACCUCUUGCGUAACGGAGAGCUACCGACGCCUUUGGACUUGUACCACGCUUACAGACCGACUCUGUACGUGCAAGAUAUCGUGCCACCGUUCAGCAAGUGGGGAAUAGUCACCGACGGAGGCCACUUCUUCACGUUCGACGGACGCCAUUUGAGCUUGAGCGGCACCUGCACCUACAUUCUGGCGCAGGAUAUGCAGGAUGGGAACUUCUCCGUCGUGGCGAACUUCAACAACGGGAAUCUGAUCAGUAUCACGAUCACCGAGCCUAAAGAGAGCAUCACGCUGAAGAACAACGGGAACAUUUUGGUGAACAACAAGCCGGCCGAUUACCCAGCGAACACGAACAACCUGCACGCUUUUCUCAUCCAGCCGUUCGGCAACGUCAAGUCCGAUUACGGUGUCUGGCUCACGUGCACGAACAAAGCGCCAAUGAUCUGCACCGUCCAGGUUUCCGGCUUCUACCUGGGUAAACUCCGUGGAAUCUUCGGCGACGCGAACAACGAGCCUUACGACGACUUCACUCUGCCCUCUGGAAAGAUCACCGAAAGUGGAGCAGAAUUUGGAAACGCGUACAAGCUGAAGGGUGAAUGUUCAGAAGCGACUGCAGUCGACCACACAGCGCGUGCUCCGGUCUGUACCGACUACUUCACCGGCACCGCAACAUCUUUGAAAUCGUGCUUCGACAUCGUCAAUCCGGCACAGUAUCGCGAUGCCUGCGAUCAUGCAGUCGCCGGUAAUACACCAGCAGGCGCUUGCAUAAUCGCCAGCGCUUAUCACACUGCUUGCUACAAACAAGGCGUCAUGAGCACCCGUAUCCCAGCGUCUUGCACGAACUGCAAAGUUGGAGCUAACAAGGUCGACGUAGGCGACACGUUCAGCGUGAAAAUCCCGAAGAAAGAGGCCGACGUUAUUUUCGUGGUGGAGCAGCAAACGCCGAACGAGAAAAUUUACAAGGAAUUGGUUGUACCUUUGAUGUCCGAACUCAGAACGGAAUUGAAACAGCACGGAGUAACAGACGUGCAUAUCGGACUUAUUGGAUACAGCGAGAAGAUGAAGUGGCCGUUGCACUACACGUUAAACGGCGAGACCAACAUCGAGGGCGAGGUGAAAAACAUGAAGUUCGACGAGAAGAAACCAACAAUUACUCUGCAGGAAGCAAAGAAUGGCGAUACAAAGACGAAGCUGGAUUAUUUACACCAGAAAUUGGACGUCGAGCUGGGUACAUUCAAAUUGACCGACGCUUACGAGGCGGCAAUUCGAUAUCCCUUCAGACCUGGCGCAGCCAAGGCUGUAAUUGGAGUGAUUGCCAACCCUUGCGAGAAGACCCCGUUCCUUAUUUCGUUGCAACAAAUCAGGCUUCUACUCGGUCACAAGAUAUACCGUGAUUUGGGACUCACCUACUACCAUGUGUCGUACCCCGAGGAGCUGCUUGUCUCGGGCAAAGCUCAGAAGAACAUCGUCGGCUACGACCAGGACAGCGUGUACACGUUCGCUGACAGCAAGAAGAAGCCUCUCACCGGAAGCACCGACAUGAAGAGCAAUCUCUCGCCGGCGAUCAAGGACGUCUGCGCUGACUUCGCGGUUUCCUCUGGUGGUGCAGCGUUCAGUUCGAACAAUUUCCUGGACGCCAAGCCGAACCAGAAGAAGCAAUUCGUCCACGUGGCCGCGAAGAGAGUCGCCGACGGACUCGUUAACUUAGAGCUGGAGAAGGAUUGCUCGUGCGAAUACCAGUACGGUAUGAUCGGUCGUGCUCAGUGCAAAAUCGUAGCACGCAAGGAGAGACCCAAGGGAGGAGCGAAGGAUUAAAGCGAGCUCGUUGCGCAGACUAUCAUUACUAAUUAAUUUAGGUGUAUUGUGUUUGUUACUUUGUUAUGAUACGGCAGUCGUAUUUUUUUUUAUUUUUUUUUUUUUUUCGAUAUACUAUGUAAGCAAAUUAAGGUCGACGGUACUUCCCAGCGACGGGGAAGGCCACAAUUAUCACGAGAAACUCACUUUCCCUGGGUCGAGAUUCGCUCUCUGGCGAGGCUCGUCCGACACCGAUCGUCCCUAUUUUCUCCUUUAUAUAUUUCUUCGCUAGUUAUCACGUAUACGUUGUGUAAUGUGUAAACGUUGAAAAUUCGCUGGCAAAUCAGCUCUUAUUACGGCCUUUACAAACGCAUCAGGUAUUUAAUAACGUUUCGACGGGUGACAAUGUAAGGAAAAGAAAAGGAAAUAAUAACCGCAAUGAAUAACGCAACCGUAAUACCUGCACGUCCGACACCGCGAACGAUACACCGGAACAACAUCGAUUCGAUUUACGGUACGAUUUGUACGGCUUACCUUUAUUAAAUUAAGAUACCGGUGCUGUACAACUCGAGGCUAAUCUGAAUUCAAUACCGACCGACGUACCGUUUAUCGUCGAUGCGAAUGAAAACGAUCAUACGCGCUAAACAAUACUAUGGCUUGUGAAGAAAUAUACGUACACUGUUCUUGUA